AUGAAUGGAAACAAUCAAUCCGGAUCAACAUACGCUUGCUGGCUUCCAAAUGAGAUUUGGAUGCGAAUCGCGUAUUUUCUACCUCGGAUGCCUGAUCAACCCAGAUGGCAGCCGUGGAUCAAGUAUCGCGGGCUGAACAGGAUAUUCAAGAAAGAGAUUGAAGAUUACUACUUCAUGCACUGGAUCGAAGAUUCAGAAAUCUGGGUGCAAUGCCGCGAAAGGGAUCCACCGGAUUUCCCUGAGUCACGUCUGGAUGUGCGUGAAUUUUAUAGUUUCUCUAGCCUUCUUGAUUCUGAAAAGCGCAUCGCUGUUUUCAAGGGUCAACAUUUGAAUCGGACAGACCCGCGAAGCCGUCUGGAAUUAAUUCGAAUAGAGAAAAAGCUGAAAGAAUUCAAUGAGAAAGGAUACCAUCCUUACAUCGCCUUUUUGAUUGAAGACGGAGAGACCAAUUUGCUUCCCAUGGACCUUUGUUUUCAGCCUUGUGUUACGAUGAGUUAUUUUACCUUUGACUGGCGAACUUAUCUCUCCACUCUGCUCGACGAGCUGCGCCUUGUUGACGAGUAUGAAGAGCGCACUGGGUACAAAUCCCAAGCCCGACUCGCAGCGAAACUGGAAUGGAAAGUAAAGACGGAAAGGAUGACGCCUCUGGAAGCAAGGCUAGAACUGGCGCGGGCAGCAGGAACCGAGCUUGUUGGCCGUGAUGGCCGACUGCUCGAAAUCCGCAGACGUCGCCGAUACCGCUUAGGAGUCAGAACCGGCCAGUUGCGGCCUCUACCACCCUCCCUUGUUCCAAGGAAUGUUCUUGAACAUCGCUUUGUGCAGCUUGACGAGGAACACGUGUCAGACUUGCUACUGAGCAUGGCAUGGAACGAUGAUGGCGCCGUCUAUGAAGAGUGGUAG